ACUCACGGAGAAAAAGAAGGGCAGUGCCGCCACCACCAGCGCGUUGAUGGCGGACGGAUUCCGCUGCAGGGGCUGAUCCCGCCCUCCAUCUGCUUCUUCUCCUUCGAACUUCAUAAGUUGCAGACUUGUGUAGUAAUCCUGAUUCGCCGCCACAGCAUUAGGCUUUUUUGCUGGACCCUUCUCCCGUCGGCCUUCGUCAAAAAGGAUCGCAGCUCCAAGAUAGAAGAAACCAAGUUUUUGAUAAUAGGGAGCAAGUGUAGGUUUUUCAAGCUUUGUCUCUGAGCCAAUAUGAUAACCUUCAAAGAAUUAUCUUUGCACAGUUGCUAAAUGUUGGUUGGGAGAGUACAAUGACCCAGCCAACGGUGAUACUUGCAACAGCAAGUUAUGAUCACACUAUUCGUUUUUGGGAAGCCAAAAGUGGGCGCUGCUAUCGAACUAUUCAAUAUCCAGAUUCGCAAGUCAAUCGCCUUGAAAUAACCCCAGAUAAACGUUACCUGGCAGCAGCGGGUAAUCCUCACAUACGAUUAUUUGAUGUUAACUCAAAUACCACUCAACCAGUAAUGAGCUAUGAUUCACAUACUAAUAAUGUAAUGGCAGUUGGGUUCCAAUGCGAUGGAAAUUGGAUGUAUUCAGGUUCAGAGGAUGGCACAGUUAAGAUUUGGGAUUUAAGGGCACCAGGUUGUCAGAGAGAAUAUGAAAGUCGUGCAGCAGUGAAUACUGUUGUGCUACAUCCAAAUCAGACUGAACUAAUAUCUGGUGACCAAAAUGGUAACAUACGUGUGUGGGAUUUGACAGCUAACUCAUGCAGCUGUGAAUUGGUGCCAGAAGUGGACACAGCCGUGCGCUCUUUAACAGUAAUGUGGGAUGGAAGCUUAGUAGUUGCGGCAAAUAAUCAUGGGACGUGUUAUGUAUGGCGUCUUUUGCGUGGAACUCAGACAAUGACAAACUUUGAGCCACUUCAUAAGCUGCAAGCACACAGGGGCUACAUUCUCAAAUGUCUCCUUUCACCUGAGUUCUGUGAACCCCACAGGUAUUUGGCUACUGCAUCUUCUGAUCAUACUGUCAAGAUAUGGAAUGUUGACGGUUUCACAUUAGAGAAGACUCUGAUUGGUCACCAGCGCUGGGUGUGGGAUUGUGUCUUCUCUGUGGAUGGUGCCUACCUAAUUACAGCUUCAUCUGAUACAACAGCCAGGCUUUGGUCUAUGUCAACUGGGGAAGAUAUUAGGGUUUACCAAGGUCAUCAUAAAGCUACAAUUUGUUGUGCUCUACAUGAUGGGGCUGAACCCACUGCAUCCUGAAGUAAUGUCCCCCCUUCCCCCCUUUUCCCUCUCUUCUAUUCACCUCAGAUAUCUCGUUCGUCAAUAGCAACCUUUUUUGUUCUUUGAAGAGGUUGGGUGGAUGGGAGGUUGUUUCUGCGAUGUUUACUUACUAUUUGUCCUUGAACGUUCCAAGCUGUUAAUUUGGUUCGAGGUUUUCAUUUUGUCAAAUUGGUCUUUGUCCUUGUCAAAUGAGCUAAGUAUUAGUUUGUUCGUAUGUCAUGGUUAGUGCAAAUCGUCCUGUAAUUGUUGCUGGAAGCUCAAUUUUAUAUGCAUGUAACAACUUGAAAGUUGAUGAAUGUUGAAUUUGAAUUUUCAAUUUGUAAGUUUAUAAAGCCCUUUCGAAAUUAGGAAGAUGAAGAAAAUAAGUUCAC